AUGGUUUCUUCACCCCGAAGCAAUCUCCUCCUUCGGGCACCCCUGCUGUCCAUGUACGAUGGUACUGCGGGGUUUUCCCAGAUUUUCGAGCCCAUUACCCUACGCUCGACCACGUUCCAGAACGGCAUCUGGGUGUCCCCCAUGUGCCAAUACUCUAUUCCCCAGAAUGGCGAGUUGACAUCCCAGACAAAGAAGCCACUGGGCGGGCGCAAACGACCAAGCCUACUGCAAAAUUGUACGAAGGUUGGCUUCAUCUCGGGGAACAAACCGAAUCCCAAACUUUUUCGGGAUGUUGAGAAGCUUUGCAGGGGUCGUUGCGAAGGUCUUGUCACUGGACAGCGGUGGGUUCUCGUCCUCAGUCAACAUUUGGUACGCCACAAUCAGACGCAGCAGGAGACCAUAGAUGAUCCGAUUGGAGAUCUGCCCCGUAGGACAGAUACGACUGCCGACGCCGCAGGGGUAAUGGGGCAUGCCAGGCCCGUCCAGUUGGCUGUCAGUGAUAGCGCAACGCGGCAGUGCGAAAUAAGUGAUCACCCAAUUCCGUAA